CACAACAACGAUUUGAUCUGACUGUCGAUAUCACAGCUGCAAAGUUGAAAUUAAGAGCAAUCGAAUAACCAUCGCAUUGCGCAUAUAUACGAAAAGAAACAUUGUUGUGUUAUCGAUAAGGCCGCAACACACCUAAAGUAUCGAGUACUAAAUGAUAUGGAAUGAGUAGCAUCGAGCAAACAAGAAGACAUUCGAAAAAACGCGCAAAUAACUGUGAUGCUCCAUAUUGAAAAUCGCGAAAAGUUGAUUCAUUCUGGAAAAGAUUGCACCAAAGUUAAUUGAAAAUAGCUACAACAUGUCGCAAUUUCGCACCAAGCAUGCAACGCGAACACAUUUGCCACAUUUAAUGAGCAAUGUACCCGAUGAACAUCAGGAGCCAAUAAAAAAAAUGUGCCUCAAGAUGAUGUCCCAUGAUGCCUACGGCAAACCCUAUGAGUGGACUUCACGGGAUUUCGAAAUGGGCGCACCACUGGGUCGAGGCAAAUUUGGUCGGGUGUAUCUGGCGAGGGAGCGUCACUCUCACUUCAUAGUGGCCAUGAAGGUGAUGUUCAAGGAGGAGGUGCGCAAGGGCAACGUGCAGCGUCAAGUGCUGCGCGAAAUUGAAAUACAGUCGCGUCUGAAGCAUCCCAACAUAUUGCGCCUGUUGACCUGGUUCCAUGACGAUUCGCGCAUCUAUUUGGCCCUAGAAAUCGCAUCAGAAGGCGAACUGUUCAAGCAUCUGCGUAAUGCGCCCAAUCAUCGCUUUGAUGAGCCUCGCGCUGCCAAGUACACCUAUCAGGUGGCCAACGCCCUCAAUUAUUGCCAUCUCAAUAAUGUCAUACAUCGUGAUUUGAAGCCAGAAAAUAUUCUGCUAACAAGCACCGAUGAUUUGAAGCUAGCCGAUUUUGGCUGGUCCGCGCAUACGCCAAAUAAUAAGCGGAAAACGUUGUGCGGCACCUUGGAUUAUCUGCCGCCCGAAAUGGUCGAUGGACACUCCUACGAUGAUAGCGUUGAUCAGUGGUGUCUGGGCAUAUUGUGCUAUGAGUUCGUCGUGGGUAAUCCACCGUUUGAGUCGAGCAACUCGGAGAUAACCUAUGAGAAAAUCAGACGCUUAGAUGUACACUAUCCAUCGUACUUGUCGUCGGGCGCCAAAGAAAUCAUUGCAGGCUUGUUGCGUCGAAAGAGUCAGGGCCGUGUCAGCUUGGUGGAUGUGAUGACGAAUCAGUGGAUUAAGGAUGGCAUGGCCAAGCGUGCUGCCCAAUUGCAGCAACAUUUCAACGAUGGCUGCAAGGAAAAUCUAGCCAGAAACUGAUGGCAUAUGAAUAUCGUUGCGUUUGUAAAUUAAAUAAAAACAAAUCAAAAAAGCACUAACA